AUGUCAUCAAAUAUUCCUACACGUCGUGUUACAAGGACAACACGGGCGGCGGCAGUGAAAGAAAACGAAAAUGCAAAUGCUCGCCCUUCAAGGAUAUCGACACGCUCAAAGCCUCUGGGGCUCUCGUCUACCACAGCGGGACUCACGGGUGCCACAGGCGGGGUCACCCGAGCCACCGCUGCCUCGCGGGCUAAGGCGUCUGUAACAGCAACCGACUCUAAGCUUGAAAAUCUCGCAGGAAAGCGGAAACGUGAGGCACUGGGCGAAGUCGCUGUUGCCAGCAACAACAAACAGACUGGAGGAGCUUCCAAAGGGAAGGAAAAAGAAACUUACGAUGGCAUGAUGAUCAAAGGCAAGGGCGUCGCAACACGCCAGCCGCUUCGCACGGUGGCAAGCACACGGCAAGAAACCCAUGCAGUCACAAAGAAGGAUUCUACCAGUACAGUCCACGCGAAGAGCAAACACGAUUCAGCGGCUGUCGUAGACGCCAACGCUAUGGUUGUCGAUGUGCCUAAUCAUGGCCAGGUGCAACUUCCCAAACUCGCGGUUCGCAGGUCGACCGUGAUUAAAGAAAGUCAAAUUACUGCAGUUCGACGCCCAGAUUCUCAGCGUCGCGCGUCGUUACGGUCUGGUCGCCGUAUUGUGGAAGAAGAAGAGCCUGCUCAUAAGAAACGAAGGACGUCAUCUGUCCCUCCCGAGGAGGAGCCUGAAGCCGUCGCAGAUGCUCGGGCACAGACCGAAGAAGAUUUGCAUCAUGCACGCCUACUUGCAGAAAUUGAAGCAUUCGCUGAGGAGCCUGAGGCUGACCCAGAAAAUUCCCCAUGGGACGAUCUUGACGCGGAAGACUCAGAAGAUCCUCUAAUGGUUAGCGAAUAUGUUCAGGAUAUCUUCCAGUAUCUCAAACAAGUGGAGCUGACAACAAUGCCCAACCCCAAUUACAUGGAGAAUCAAAAAGAACUUGCAUGGAAAAUGCGAGGCAUCCUCACCGACUGGCUUAUACAAGUACAUGUCCGAUUCCGCCUUCUUCCCGAGACGCUUUUCCUCUGCGUGAACAUCAUCGAUCGCUUCCUUUCUGCGCGCGUUGUCUCAUUAGCAAAGCUGCAGCUUGUUGGCGUGACAUGUAUGUUCAUCGCCGCCAAGUUUGAAGAGGUUGUCGCCCCCUCCGUCUCGCACUUCCUCAUGUGUGCCGAUUCAUCCUAUACAGAGGCAGAGAUUCUCCAGGCAGAGAGAUAUGUCCUGAAGAUCUUGGAGUGGAACUUGUCGUACCCCAACCCAGUGCAUUAUUUGCGCAGAAUCAGCAAGGCCGACGAUUACAAUGUUAAAGUGCGGACACUGGGCAAGUACUUGCUGGAGAUUGGAGUGCUGGAGUGGCGGUUAAUCGCAGCCCCACCGUCUCUCAUGGCUGCUGCGGCAAUAUGGCUCGCCAGGUUGGCCUUGGGUAUGGAACAAUGGACACCGAACUUGGCGCACUUCUCUUCAUACAGAGAGAGCGCGUUGAUUCCUACAGCCAACUUGAUGUUGAAUUACAUCCUCAAACCUAUUCGACACGAGUCCUUCCAUAAGAAAUACGCUGCUAAACGAUACUUCAAGUCAAGCGUGUACAUGAGAAACUGGGCACUGGAUCGAUGGGGAGAGGGUACACAGGUUGACCUCGCGAAGGAGCUUCCCACUAUCAAAGCGGAAAUCAAGAUUCUCAGGGAAACCGAGGAGGCUGCUGCUAAUCAAGUUGAGGAUGAAGAGGCCGGAGAGUCCAUGCUGCCAGCACUGCAGUUACGUGGGCGGUAA